GAUUAAGAGCUAAACGAACCACGUGACCACUCGGCGGCGAGAUCAAGGUGUGACGCAACUCUGUUGAUUCCGAAGCUAAUGGGUCAUUACACGUGAUGGCCAUCCCAGCAGUUGAUUGAUGAGCACUGUGGAUAGAAGCAGCCAUACCGCAAGUUACAAAAGAGAAGUUGUAAGUCUACCACGUGAGACCACGCUGUCGAUUCUAAUGCAAAACAUAUAACGGUUAGGCAGUGACAGAUCGUUUUUGUUUAAACUGGUUUUGCACGCGUGAGCAUUCGCUUCGCUUUAUAGUGUUUUAAACGGUUUUAAGCAGUAUUUUUUUUUAACUGAUCAGAGCUUAUUUGAUGCAUUUUAGUAUUUAAAUUUGGGCCUAUUUUUCUUACGGUGCCAUUUUUUCCCCCCCACAUAGUCGACGGAGCACGCAAGGCCACGCAAACGAUAUAUAACCAUACGCAGAAAAGAAACAUGAAUACUAUUAGAUACGGUACUAGCGUCGGGCCGUCCGGAGUGAACGGUGAAGGUGCACCGCACACCUGGGAGGACGAGCCUGAAAGGGAUGAUGCGGACCCCGACAGAAUCGUGCAGUGCCCCUACGAUAAAAACCACCAGAUCAGAGCAUCUCGCUUCCCUUAUCACGUUCUCAAGUGUAGGAAGAAUCACCCCAAACUGGCCAGUGAACUGAAGACAUGCCCCUUCAAUGCCAGACACUUGAUUCCCAAGCACGAAUUGUCCCACCAUGUAGCAAACUGUGAGGAUAAAAAGCCCCUCACUACUGAAGGACAUGUUGAGAUCCUAGAUAAGUUCCAGGUUCCCCUUAACUCCUGGACCAACCCCUCGCCCAGUGAGGACUGGGAAACAGAGACUGAUGAUUCGGCUGGUUUAUUUGUGUGGGGUAAAGCCAACAACCACCAAUUAUCAACCCAAAACAAGCCAGAACCGAUGUCUACGAUGAGUUCCAGGAUCAGUUCAUCUGAUGGAGUUCGGGCACCACGAACUCUACCAUGGCAUCUCUGAUGUGUCCCCUAUGGAUGAAAAUUCCCGGACAAGCGCUUGCUUAUUGGAGAAACUCAUGCUUUGUGUAAUUUGUCUAGCUUAUUCAAACAUUCCUCUUUUAAAAUUUGCUUUUAAUUUAGCAGAGCUGUGGAAUGGAUAUUUCUUUCUCUAGCAAUUAUUUUAACGUGCAGUCCUUAAUUCCUACAAGUCCAAGUCUAGAGUUACUCCGAAUUAAACCCAAUCACUUUUUUCAAAGGGAGAUCUGUGUUAUAGAUACUGGACAUUAUUUAAUCUUAAACUGUUUUGAACCAAUAAAGGUUUCUUGUAUUGGUAGGUUGCUUUGGUUGAACUUUUUCUCCCAGAUUUGUUGACCGAUUUAUACAGCAUCUGACCUGUUUAUAUAGUUCUUUUCACAAUACAUUUAGCUUUGACAAUGUGUAGGAAAUGUAAAGGAAUGCACUCAAAAUAAAAAUUCUGUCAUCAUUUACUCACCAUGUUCUUUCCAACCUGUAUAGCUUUCUUUUGCAACAUUAGUCCCCAUUGACUUUGUGUCAAUACAAUAGAACGUCAAUGGGGACCAACAGUUUUUUGAUUACCUUAAUUCUUCAAAAUCUAUUUUGUUUUGCAAAAGUUACACCGGUUUAAAAUGAUAAGAGGGUGAGUAAAUAACAGAAUUUUCAUUUUUAGGUGAACUAUUCCUUUAAAUAGUCCUGUUUAAGUGCUAAUAAAAUUCUACAAUUUA